CAUAUAACAUAGUUAAUAAAUAAUUCAGUUACAGAAAAAUAGAGAAUUUUGCUUUAUUUAUUUUUGGGUGUUAUUCUUCCUUUCUGCCACUAGAUGGCGGCGUUCUGCGCAUGCGCGGAGCGACCACGUCCUCACGUCAUCCAGCAUGGUGGUGAAGAGACAACGUGGGGAAGAAGAGUCGUCGUUAAACGUGGUAGAUAGCGAAACAACGAUGGAGAAGUUUAGUUUAGCGCUCGAUUCCAGCGACGAUGAAGCGCCAGAAGAGGUGACAUUUGAGGACUCAAAAGCUGAAGCUUUACGGAGCAUGAAAGAGGCGCUGGACACGGCAAGAAGAGAGAAGGAGCUGCUGAAGGAGAAGAGAAGGAAGAAACAGGAGCUGUUUCAAGAACAGAAGAAAAGGAAACUCCUACCGGCUGAAGUUUUGGAGGAAAUUGACUCGACUCCUUUAAAGAAGCAGAAACAGUCUGAAGAUGAAGAAGAUGACGAGGAGCAGCGGGAGGAAGAAGAGGAAAUGGAGGGAGAAGAUGAGAAGAAGAAGAAGAAAUUGGCACAUACUCGAAACCUGAAGGGAAACUACACGGUGACGACAGCGACGGAGCGAUCGGCGGCUUCCUUCCAGAAGCAGAUGGCCGAAGACUUCAUCAAGUCCAGACUGUACGGACCAGGAAGCUGCCGGACCACAAGUAACGAGCUGCUCUCCCUCCAGAACAAGAAGGGCAGGAAUAAAAGUGCAGCAGUGCAAUUCGUUAAGAAAGACUGGGCCUCUAAGGAAAAAGCCAAAGCCGAGAAGCUGAAGAAAAGGUGGAUCCACAAGCAGAAGCUUCCUUCCUCUUGACCGGAUGUCUCGAAAAGCCUCCACCCGACCCGGGCCAGCGGAGCUCAUCUGCAGCGGCCUGAGCAGCAGCCGCUCACUCUGGCUUUACAUGGACACCAGUCAGGACCGAGCGUCAAAAACUCUGAGCCAGGACACUUACAUCAAACUGAAUCAGUUCAUUAAAGAGAUUGAGGAGGAAAAUGUGCAUCUGAGAGUCACAGUAAAAAUCCUAUUUUAUAAAAGCUCUUUUCCACUUCAGGAAACUGAACAACCUGUUCGCUGAGACUUCUCAUAAUCUGACCUUUAAGAAGCUUUAAGGUUGUGUUUUAUGUUUCCAGUAUAUUCUACAUAGUGGCAUGUUUGUGGCACAAAUUAAAAGGAGACAGCAGGACAAAGUUUGGUGGAUCAGUGACGUCAUUUGUGGGACUGACAGUAGAUGUGGAGCUGAUAUUUGUAUUGAUUCCUGUUUAUGAAAUACAACUUUAAAGCCCCUUUGUAUCAGUUUCAGUUUGCUCCACUGUGUGCAUGUUAAUCCUUUGUUUCUCAGUCACUCAGGAUUUUGAUGAGUUUUCUUGUGAUAUUUGCAGCAGUGUUUUAUGUGGUCAUUUGUUGCAGGUAUUUAUAAGCUUUCUAAGCAAAGGAAAGUAAAAGUGAUUUAAAAACUGCUA